AUGAAGGAAUCCCCCUGCUGGUUCGGUCAAGUUGUCAAAGUGGACCCCACUGCUGAAACUGCUAUCGCAUUGUCUCACAUACAGUUAGAAGGUCUACUCCUGGUUGCUAUACAUUCCUCUCAGCUCAGCGCCCAGGGAAAGGAGUUUGAAUCCUUGAUGGGGAAAACGAUGCAUCUUGUGAACAAGCAGACAUCAUGUCAUCAAGCCAUAACAGAAUCCUUGACAGAGCUGAAGAUGAAAUUUCAAGCCAAUGAUCAUCAAGCUCUGAAGGAGUUGGCAGAUGAAAUUAUCUUGUUUGAGGGCAUUCAGCAUCCAAACCUGGUGCAGUAUCACGGAGUUAAAGUCCACAGGGUGAGGAUUUGUUACUGA